UAUAAAUUUAUAUUUAUAAAGCAUUUCAAUGUCAUAAAACCAAAAAUAUCAAAUUCUUAGUUUGUUCGCAUAAACUGCUUCUACGUCAGUUUAUAUAAUAUAGAUAACGAACAUUAUACAAUGCUAUCCACACGGGAAUGGUACUACGGUUUUGGCCUGUACCACACCCUGGCUUCUCUCUCUUGGGGAUAUACAAUCGUGUUCACUUUGAAAAACGACACGAAAGAUUAUUUGGAAGCCAUUGAAAAAUAUAAGGUAGAUAACAUUCAAAUAGUGCCAACAACUAUUACGGAUCUUAUCAAAUACCCAGAAUUACAUAAAUACGAUGUUUCUUCACUACAAGUUAUGUUCUGUACGAGCAUGCCUAUCAGUUCUGAGUUAUUAGCUUGUGCUAAAGAUAAAUUCAAGAGUUUGAAAAAAAUGACACAAGUAUAUGGUCUGACAGAAGUGGGUUGUAUCAUCAGAGAGGAUGGCGACACUGAGAAAAAUAAGCUCGGCAGUGUUGGUGUUGCCAACGCGGGGACAGUUUUUAAGGUGGUUGAUCUCGAGACACAGCAACCCGUAGGUCCGUACAAACAUGGAGAAAUACGCUUCAAGUCCUUAUCUUUAAUGUCUGGCUACAUCGGUGAUGAAGAGCGCGAUUAUUUGGAUGAAGAAGGGUUCUACAAAUCCGGUGAUGUGGGGUACUAUGAUGAUAAUAAACAUUUCUACAUAGUGGACAGGAUUAAAGAGAUGAUCAAGCAUAAAGGGUGUUCGCUAUCGCCCUCUGAAAUAGAGAAUGUGUUACUAAAACAUACGUCAAUCAGAGACGUUGGAGUCACAUCCCUACCCUUUAGCGAAGCCCCUGUAGCAUUCAUAGUUCGUCAAAUCAACUGCGACAUUAAUGAAAAACAAGUUGCUGAGUAUUUGAAUUCUAAAAUGCCAUCUGUAACAAUGUCAGGAGGUAUUCGAUUUGUGGAAAAAUUACCGAGAGGAGCCGGAACAAAACUGGACAGAAAAGCAUUAAGAAAUAUGAUUUAA